CGCGGUUUCUGUGGGCGUUCUCUCCCGGUUCCCUCUCUCUUCGUGCCCCUCGCGGAGAUGUCUGGCCGAGGCAAGCAGGGCGGCAAGGCGCGCGCCAAGGCCAAGUCCCGCUCGUCCCGGGCGGGGCUGCAGUUCCCGGUGGGUCGCGUGCACCGUCUCCUCCGCAAGGGCAACUACUCGGAGCGGGUCGGGGCGGGCGCGCCGGUGUACCUGGCGGCCGUGCUGGAGUACCUGACGGCCGAGAUCCUGGAGCUGGCGGGCAACGCGGCCCGCGACAACAAGAAGACGCGCAUCAUCCCGCGCCACCUGCAGCUGGCCAUCCGCAACGACGAGGAGCUCAACAAGCUGCUGGGCCGCGUGACCAUCGCGCAGGGCGGCGUCCUGCCCAACAUCCAGGCCGUGCUGCUGCCCAAGAAGACCGAGAGCCACCACAAGGCCAAGAGCAAGUGAGGCCGCAGAGGCGGGCCGGCCACGGCUGUGCGCCCCAAGGGCCCCUUGACACCAAAGGCUCUUUUAAGAGCCACCCACAGUCUCCGCAAAAGAGCCGCACUGAGCACGCAGCCUGAGCCUGUCCAAGCGCCGCCGCCUCCUGCGAGGCGCACGGGGAAGCUGGGCAAGACCUGGGUGCGCCCGCGCACCUGGUGGGCGCCUGUGCGGGUUUGCGCCGGACACGUGGGCGGCCUUGGCCUUCCACCCAGCCUCCUCCCUCCUCCGCGCCCCGGGUAGUUUCGGGAAGGGUCAGCCAUGGCUGGAGAUCACUGCCUCUGGAUGGAUGCGCAGAGUGGUCCUCUGGCUCCUGUAGACUUCAAUACAGGCUGUCCGCUUCCCACGCACCUGGUGUUGCAGAUGGGCAGCUUAUGCAGAGCAUCUGCUUUUGGGGGGCCCCUCCAUAAACCUUAACGACUUACACUUUCAAACAUAAAGAUGCUUGACUGAGCGAGUGGACAUUGCAAACUAGAAACGUGAGGUCCAACCGAGUUAUGAUCUAGUCUGGGUGUGAAUGUCUUGCAAAGGGUUUGUGUUCGAAAACCAUUUGCAGCAUUUUAAAAAUCCUAUUUUUAAAAAGCGUAGACUUGGGAUCCCUGGGUGGCGCAGGGGUUUGGUGCCUGCCUUUGGCCCAGGGCGCGAUCCUGGAGACCUGGGAUCGAAUCCCACGUCGGGCUCCCGGUGCAUGGAGCCUGCUUCUCCCUCUGCCUGUGUUUCUGCCUCUCUCUCUUUCUCUGUGUAACUAUCAUAAAUAAAUAAACAUUAAAAAAAAGAAAAGCGUAGACUUUUAAAUCUUAAUGUAAGUAAAAUGUUCAAAGCCAUUCAACUGUUCAAUCUGGGUUGGUCACACGUAAAUCCGAAUCCCUUAACCCUAUGGCUAAAAUCAGAGUAAGAUAAUUUUGUCCAUGGAGUUUGGUCAGGAAAACCAGGUUUGUGAAUUUAGUGCGUGGAAAGUCAACACUGAGGAUCGGAUUAUGUAAUACACGUGUGGCUAUUUAGGAGGACGCCUGUUCAUGAGCUCUA